UCCCUCGAAGGGACCCCAAAAGUAAUUUACCAAAAUCACAAUUUCCCCGCCAUUUGCCUUCACUCCUCAAAAGAUCCUCUUCCCAAUCUGACCUUCUAGGGCUCCAAUUUCUUCCCUGCAUACCACCUUGCCUUCAAUUGAAACCUAUUCUCGCUCAAUUCACCGGUAGAUUUUUGCAUUUUAUACUCCUUACCCUCCAUACAUGCCCUUCCGGUAUAUACCACAGACUCACCGGUUAAUUAAUCGAUGAGUUUUCCAGGGAGUUCUGCCACGGCGGUGUUUAGCCCCCGUGGCAUCAGUUUGUCGAACACUAUCCAUUCGGAGGUCGCAUCUUGCUUGCCCUUGCCGUCGCUUCCGGUGUUCUGCGGAGCUUCCGAUCAUGACUUCCGGCUCCUGGAGGGAUCUAGGUUCCUGGACCGCGGUGAAGUGCUUGCACAGUCCGGUAAGAUUGCUGAGUUGCUUCAGCAGACGGAUGUGUCGUACUUGAAUCUAAGAGAUGACGCGAAGGCUGCUCCCUGUGUCUAUGUUGAACCUUUAGAACUUCAUGCCGAAGUUCUAAGGUGCAAUCCUGAAGCAUUUGAAUGUGGUACUGCAGGUCCUCUUAAGGAGCAGAUCUCUGGUAGUGUAAUACCUGAAAAGAGGCUUUUUGAAUCAAACCUUUCUCAUGCUGGUCAGACACAGAAAGACUACAAUGCAACCCAAAAUCACCAGCCUCUUAAUUUUUCUACAAAUGAUAUUUCUAUGUUGUCUUCAAAAAAAUCUAAAGUCAAGAAAAAAGGUGGAGAUGGUAUAUCUGCCGGAUCUGAUUCUACUGAGAUUCAAGGUGCCAUCAUUGGGAAGUUUUGUGAGUUUCUGGAGGACUUGUGCAGCAAAGCUGAACUUCUUAGUGAGGAUCGUGAUGAAGCAGAGUGGUUGCCAUUGUCACUUUCUGAUCUUAGAAAGCUUGUUAAUGAAAUAGUGUCUAUACGUGCAAAGAAACUUCUCCAUUUGGUUCCUGUAGAGAUCCUUGUUAGAUUACUGAAGGUCUUAGACCAUCAAAUACAUCGAGCAGAAGGCCUGUCAAUUGAUGAAUGUGAUAAUUCAGAUUCUGAAGUAGUUUCAUCAAUUUUAAGUGCUUUGGAGUCCAUUCAUGCAGCACUUGCGGUGAUGGCUCAUACCGAGAUGCCAAAGCAACUUUAUAAAGAAGAGAUCAUUGAGAGAAUUCUGGAGUUUGCAAGGCAUCAAAUAUUGGAUGUGAUGUGUGCCUGUGAUCCAUCAUACCGUGCUUUACACAGACCUAAUGAAAAUAUUGAAUUUGAAGGUGAUGAUUAUGAAGAUUAUGAUAUUGAAUUUGGUUCAGCGAACAAGAAACGGCGUACAAGCAAGACUUCAAAAUUGCGGAAACCGGCAUCAAGCAAGGUCUCUACUGCUGUGAAUACUAUUCUUCAGAAGUUGUGCACUGUUGUUGGACUUCUCAAGGAUUUGUUGUUAAUUGAGAGGCUGUCAGAUAGUUGUAUUCUGCAACUUGUGAAAACAAGCAUCACGACAUUCUUGGUUGAUAACAUCCAGCUUUUGCAGUUGAAAGCAAUUAGUUUAGUCAGUGGGAUAUUCUAUUUAUAUGUGCAACAUCGCACUUAUGUGAUAGAUGAAAUGCUUCAGCUUCUUUGGAAAUUACCAAAUUCAAAGCGAGCUUUAAGAGCAUAUCACCUACGUGAUGAAGAGCAAAGGCAGAUCCAGAUGGUUACUGCUUUGCUAAUUCAAUUAAUUCAAUGUAGUGCCAACCUUCCUGAUAAUUUAAGACAAGCAUCUAGUGGUAGUGCUGUAUUAGAAGUCUCAAUUGAUUCUAGUUAUCCAACAAAAUGCAAUGAGGCAGCAACAGAGGCCUGCUGCCUAUUCUGGAGUCGGGUACUUCAGCGGUUUGCAAGUGUGAAGGCUCAAGAUGCAUCUGAGGUGAAACUGAUAAUGGAGAAUCUUGUUACAGAUUUACUGACAACACUAAAUUUACCUGAAUAUCCAGCUUCAGCUCCUAUUCUGGAGGUUCUAUGUGUUCUAUUACUGCAAAAUGCUGGGCUGAAAUCCAAGGAUAUUUCAGCACGUUCCUUGGCGAUUGACAUUCUUGGCACAAUUGCUGCAAGGUUGAAGCGUGAUGCUGUGAUUUGCAGCCGGGAUAAGUUUUGGGUACUUCAGUAUCUGCUUAGUGAGGAUGAUGCUACUGAAAAUUACUCAGAAGAUAUGUGUUGUGUCUGUAUGGGUGGAAGAGCAGAAAAUUUGCUCAUAUGCAAUGUUUGCCAGAAACUUUUUCAUCCUGAUUGCCUGGGAAUUAAAGAACACGAAAUUUCCAAUCGGAAUUGGUGCUGUCAGAUAUGCAUAUGCCAGAAACAACUUCUUGUAUUACAAUCAUAUUGCAAGUCCCAGUAUAAGGAUGGUGUGAGUAAGAGCAAAUUGUCAAAAGAUGAUUCUGGACCUUUUGGUCAGAUUGCUAAGGUUGAAAUUGUCCAGCAGCUGCUUUUGAAUUAUCUUCAAGAUGUUGCCUCUACUGAUGACCUCCAUCUUUUUAUAUGCUGGUUUUACCUCUGCCUGUGGUACAAAGAUGAUUUGAGUUGUCAGCAGAAGUCCAUUUACUACCUUGCUAGACUGAAAUCAAGAAUCAUUGUGCGAGACUCUAUGACUGUCUCUUCAAUUUUGUCAAGGGAUUCAAUUAAGAGGAUCACCUUAGCAGUAGGGCAAAACAGUUCAUUUUGUCGGGGGUUUGACAAGAUUCUUCAUAUGCUUCUGGCAAGUCUGAGGGAGAAUUCCCCAGUAGUUAGAGCAAAGGCUUUACGAGCAGUUAGUAUCAUUGUAGAAGCUGAUCCAGAGGUGCUGGGCGACAAACGAGUACAGUCGGCUGUUGAAGGAAGGUUUUGUGACUCUGCAAUAUCUGUAAGAGAAGCAGCAUUGGAGCUUGUUGGGAGGCAUAUAGCUUCACAUCCUGAUGUGGGUUUUAAGUAUUUUGAGAAGAUUGCAGAGAGAAUAAAAGAUACUGGAGUUAGUGUUCGAAAGCGAGCUAUAAAGAUUAUUCGAGAUAUGUGCAUUUCAAAUGCUAGUUUCUCUGGGUUUACAAGAGCUUGCACUGAGAUAAUUUCACGUGUUAGCGAUGAUGAGUCAAGUAUCCAGGACCUUGUUUGCAAAACUUUUUAUGAGUUCUGGUUUGAGGAGCCUUCAGGUUUACAGGCUCAGGUCUAUGGAGAUGGUAGCUCUGUUCCACUUGAGGUGGCUAAGAAAACUGAGCAAAUUGUUGAAAUGUUGAGGAGAAUGCCAAAUCAUCAGCUUCUUGUAACUGUCAUUAAGCGCAAUUUAUCCCUUGAUUUUUUGCCACAAUCUGCAAAAGCUAUUGGGGUCAACCCUGUUUCCCUCACGACAGUGCGUAAGCGUUGUGAGUUGAUGUGCAAGUGCUUGCUAGAGAAAAUCUUGCAGGUUGAGGAAGCGAACAGCUAUGAAGUUGAGUUACAUGCAGUUCCAUAUGUGCUUGUAUUGCACGCAUUUUGUCUUGUGGAUCCUACUCUGUGCGCACCAGCCUCAAACCCCUCUCAAUUUGUUGUUACUUUGCAGCCAUAUCUGAAGAGUCAGGUUGACAAUCGCAUGGUUGCACAGCUACUGGAGAGUAUAAUAUUUAUAAUUGAUGCUGUGUUGCCCUUGAUCCGCAAAUUACCGCAGAGUAUUAUUGAGGAACUUGAACAAGAUUUGAAACAGAUGAUUGUCCGGCAUUCCUUCUUGACAGUUGUCCAUGCUUGUAUCAAGUGCCUCUGCUCUGUGAGUAAGAUAGCAGGAAAAGGGGCUGCUGUAGUUGAGCAUCUUAUUCAGGUCUUUUUCAAACGUUUGGAUACACAGGCAGUUGAGAACAACCAGCAAGUGGGGAGAUCUCUCUUUUGUCUUGGAUUGCUGAUUCGUUAUGGCAGUUGUCUGCUAUCAAGCUCGGGUAAUAAAAAUAUUGAUGUCCGAAAGAGUCUCAGCUUGUUUACAAGGUACCUUUCCGUGGAGGAUUUCGUUGUCAAGGUUCGGUCAUUGCAGGCAUUGGGUUUUGUUCUGAUUGCAAGGCCUGAAUAUAUGUUGGAAAAGGAUAUUGGAAAGAUACUGGAGGGAACAUUUUCUUCUGUAGUUGAUACUCGUCUUAAGAUUCAAGCAUUGCAAAACAUGUUUGAGUAUCUUCUAGAUGCUGAGGGCCAGAUGGGAACAGAUAAUGCCAGUCAUAAUGUGUCUAAUUUAUCAGUUGGAGCUGGGCAAAGUGUUCCUGUUGCUGCUGGUGCUGGGGAUACAAACAUAUGUGGGGGUAUAAUUCAGUUGUAUUGGGACAAUAUUUUAGGCAGAUGUUUGGAUUUCAAUGAACAAGUUCGACAAUCUGCUCUGAAGAUUGUUGAAGUUGUGCUGCGUCAAGGGCUUGUUCAUCCUAUCACCUGCGUUCCUUACCUUAUAGCACUUGAAACAGAUCCACAGGAAUCUAAUGCGAAAUUGGCUCACCAUCUUCUGAUGAAUAUGAAUGAGAAGUACCCUGCAUUCUUUGAAAGCCGAUUGGGGGAUGGGCUUCAAAUGUCAUUUAUUUUUAUGCAAUCCAUUUGUGUUAGUCCUGAAAAUAGUAACCAUAAGGUCCAAUCUAUGAUUCCUAUUUCUGGGAAGGGGAAAUCUGAGACUGACUCGCUUACUCAAGCAAGACUUGGGGUUUCCCGAAUAUACAAGCUUAUCCGAGGAAACCGGAUAUCAAGGAACAAGUUUAUGUCCUCAAUUGUCCGAAAGUUUGAUAAUCCAACCUGGAGCAAAUCAGUAAUUGCCUUUUUAACAUACUGCACGGAGGUCCUUGGAUUACUGCCAUUCACCUCGCCUGAUGAACCUCUUUAUUUAAUCUAUGCUAUUAACCGAAUAGUUCAAGUGAGGAUGGGCCCACUUGAAGCAAACUUUAAAGCAUGGAAUUCAAGGUUUUCACGAAGAGACUGCCAGAGUACAACUUAUGGGAAUGGAAUUUGUCAACUGGGGCCAAAUGAACCAACUCUUACAACCCAAGUGAUGCCAGUGGACUUGAAUGGAGCAUUUUAUCACAACAUGGAUGAUCAACCUAGUUCCAAUGGCAUGAGAUCUGUGGAUUUAAAUGGAACAAUUCAACAACAGCCAUGUGAUGCUUCAUCAAAUAACGGUAGCUUGGAGCUGCAUGAAGAUUUCUCAAGUUUCUGUGGCAUCUCAGACGAUGAUAUGGAGAAAAUUCAGGCUGACUGUUUGUCGGGGAUUGCAUUGCAGCUUCUUUUGAAGCUAAAGAGACAUCUAAAAAUCAUGUAUAGCCUUAACGACGCACGAUGUCAGGCCUAUAAUCCUGCUGAACCCCCAAAACCAGAAGUUCUCUCCAGACAGAAUAUUGCCUUUAAUAUCAAUGAAUGUCAUUUCAGUCUGCCUGCAACUCCGCAAGAAUUGCUGCAAAGAUACCAGGAAUUUAAGAAUGCAUUGAAGGAAGACACUGUUGAUUACUCGCUUUACACUGCAAAUAUUAAAAGGAAGCGCCCUACGCCCAGAAAAGUUCGGAAAUCUGGUUAUAUGACUGGUGCAGGUGGAGAUGACGAUGAGGAGGAUGAUGAUGAGGAUUGGACUGGGGGGAUACGUAAGUUAAAUAGUAGUGGCCGCAAGGUUAACCUUAGAAGCAGUAGGCAGUAUUGAUAGCUGUAAGUACAUGAUAGGAGGUAGGCUAACCUGUACAUUAAAUAGAAAUUAAAAAAAAAAUAGAUAUAGGAUAGGUUGAGAGCCAAGAGAAUAGAAAUCAGUAGACACAAUGUAGGAAAGCAGGGGGCUCUGUAAUAUUCCUCAUCUUCAAUAGAUGAUCGCGUCAUUCUUGGUGGUCUCCAUUCUGUAAUUUGCUUAAAGGUGGUUGGUUGCAUUCUUUUGUUGAUCAAAAUACGUUUUUGGGUC